UAUCUCCACGUUAUUGCAAACAGAACACAAUUUUGUUUUUUACUGAUAUCGGAUAUGAGACAUCAAGAAACUAUUUUAUCAUUUAUUCUUCCUGUUGCCUGGAUCUUUCAUAUCGUCAAACACAACAGCGGUGUACGGAGAGUUAAUUAGCUCUCGGUUACAGCAAUUCAGACAUUCCAUGAUGCAGCUUUUGUGUCUGUUAUUGUCGGCGCUUAUCGGACUCAGUGUACAGCAGUGUGAUCCAAAAACAUGCUUCAUACCAAACUGCCGCUGUUACAACGAUCGCUCACCUCCAGGUGGUCUUACGAUAUCUGAAACGCCGCAGAUUGUGAUGGUAUCAUUUGAAGGUACAAUAAAUGCGGAGAAUAUCAAAUCCUACAAGCCUAUAUUUUCUGGCGUGACGAAUCCAAACAAUUGUCCAGCAAGGGGAACAUUCUUUAUAGAAGAUUCCGGUACUGAUUACGAGAUCGUCAAGGCGCUGAGUGAUGAGGGUCACGAAAUAGGGAUUACAUCAGUCGAUGGGAAAGCCCCGUCUACAUCUGAUGGAUGGAUAUAUAUGAUAAAAAAGGUGAGAUCUCAGCUGAUUGGGUAUGGAAUUGAUUUGAAAGAUGUGAAAGGAGUAAGGGCACCGGAACUAGCGCCGGGAGGAGAUUACGAGUUAAUUGGUAUUGGCAGAAACAAAAUGUUAUAUGAUUCGUCAUGUUCUAACGCUGGAUUGUCAACCGCAGGCACGCUUACCUGGCCAUAUACAUUUGACUACAUGCCAACAGCUAGUUGCGAUAACGGAAAGGAACCGGCUUCUCGGUUCCCAGGGAAAUGGGAAGUACCAGUUGCUGAUCUGCAUGAUAUUAGUGGAGAAAAACUGCCAUGCCCUGUACCGUCAGCCUGCCGAAACAUAACAACAAAAAAGGAUGCAUUUGACCUCUUUUUUAAGGCGUUUUCUGAUCAUUAUAAUGGCAAUCGAACUCCUUUUCUGAUGAUUGUUGAUCCGGCAUGGGCAAGCAAGCAGGAUUUGAGGGACGGAACGACCGAGUUUCUCCAGUAUGUUAGAACAGCAUUUGGGAAAAACGUUUGGAUAGUUCCAAUUCUGAGGGCUCUACAGUGGAUUCAAACGCCAGUUCCAAUUGCCAAUUUGACGACCUUCGCACCGUGGCAGUGUUGAUGUUUUUCCUCAAACUUACGAAAAAAGUUGAUUAUAUGUCAUUGUUCUAAACUUACGGAAUAAUUGUUUAUUUAAGUAUAUUAUUCUAAAAAGACGCUACGGACUUCUUUCAAAACAUUUGUAUUAAGCUCGGCUUAUAGUUUACUCCUUUGUUUCUUGUUAUUUUACAACCUUCAACCGCUCCUUCACUCAUGCUCAGUAAGAAAUUAAAGUAGAACCAGAAAAUGGGCUUGUAAAGAAGUUGAAUAACCUUUUGCCUAUCUUUGUUGUGUAAAAAUAUAUAUAUUAGUGUCUUAUUA